AUAUUCCCAUCUUUGUUUGAUUCUGAACAAGUCUUCCUCUACAGCAGCAGAGUUGUUGAGAACUCUGCUUCAUUCCUUGGUCCAAGUUUAAAAUUUUGUUUAUGUUUGUCUUUCUGUUUCGGUGUCAGAGAGCACACAACAAGGAGUGAGAACCGUUGACCUCAAUCUCCAUGGCUGUGAAACCUCUUAUUGUAGCUGGGCUUGCAAGUUCUCAACUUGGUUGUCACAAUUUGAGGACCAGACAUCAUCAUGCUUUUGGGUUGAUUUGGGAAAAUCAGCUGAAGAGAACACACAAUUGGGUAUUCCUUGGUGGGGUAUCUGUUGGCCGAGCCAUGAGGCUUGUGGAGAAUGAGAAUCCACGGAAGCCAGCAAAGAUACUGGUGCAUGUGGUUGAUCAUGAUCAAACGGGUGGUGAUGUCUCCCAUGGAUUGCAUAAAGAUUUGCUCUCUCUUCCAAGGCCAUUAUCCAUAUCUGAUAUUAUGGCUUCUUCUGAUGAUGGUGCUAAAGUACGAAUAUCAUAUAAGGGGAUACCAGGAUCAUACAGCGAGGAUGCUGCACUCAAAGCUUACCCUAAGUGUGAAACAGUUCCGUGCAAUGAUUUUGAAGAUGCUUUUAAGGCUGUUGAAAUAUGGUGGGCUGACAAAGUUAUCAUUCCAAUAGAAAAUACAUCUGGGGGAAGCAUUCAUCGGAACUAUGAUUUACUUCUUCGCCAUAGGCUUCACAUUGUUGGUGAGGUGCAGUUGGCUACUAACCUCUCCCUUCUAGCUUUGCCUGGUGUAAGAGCAGAGCACCUAAAGCGUGUUCUAAGUCAUUCCCAGGCACUUGAAUUGAGUGAUAACUUCCUGACUAAAUUAGGUGUUGCCCGAGAAAAUGUUGAUGAUACAGCUGGUGCUGCUCAGCAUGUAGCUUCAAAUGGUCUAUAUGAUGCUGGUGCCAUUGCAAGUGUUCGAGCUGCAGAAAUCUAUGGGCUUGAUGUACUUGCAGAAAGAAUCCAAGAUGAUUCUGAAAUCAUCAGUCGUUAUCUUGUGCUUGCAAGGGAUCCAAUAAUUCCGAAAGCUAAUAAGCUCUUUAAGACAAGCAUUGUGUUUACACUGGACGAAGGUCCUGGGAUGCUGUUUAAGGCUUUGGCUGUAUUUGCAUUGAGGGACAUAAAUUUAAGCAAGAUUGAAAGUCGCCCACAAAGAAAUCGGCCAUUAAGAGUUGUUGAUGACUUUAACACUGGGACUGCAAAGUAUUUCGAUUAUCUUUUCUAUAUUGAUUUUGAGGCGUCUAUGACUGAGCCCCGGUCGCAAACUGCUUUAGCCCAUCUGCAGGAAUUUGCCACAUUUCUUCGUGUGCUGGGCUGCUAUCCCAUAGAUACAACCAUAUAGAUCAUACCUAUCUGCGUUUUAUUGGUGAAUUUUCAAUUAAUGUCAUCAUAUUCAAACCUGAAACUUGGAAGAGGAUUUGGAGCUAACUUCAUAUUCAAGUAAUACAGGAGCUUUCAGAUGGUCAGAAUGUAAUGUAUGAUAAACAAUAGUUGAUCCUUACCUUAAACACAUGGAGGAUGGAAACGGAGUUUGAUGGUCAUUGAAGGUGAUCUUCGGGAAGGAUGAACGAAGUAUAAGGUUUUAGCCAAAUAUAGAGUUUUCUUUCUAUUACAUUAUCAAACCUAACAAAAGGAACAAGAAAAGGAAAAUGAAUCUGCUAACAUUCUUUCACAGUGAAGUCAUCAUAGUCAAUAUGAAUAUUGCUUAAUUGGUUCACAUCUCAUGUCUUGAUUCUUGUCGUGACAUCUUCCACCAGUCAAGUUGGUGUGUGGUUCAUAUAUUAUGUA